AUGGCUGAGCAACUCAUCCUCAAGGGCACCCUGGAGGGCCACAAUGGCUGGGUCACCAGCUUGGCCACGUCGAUGGAGAACCCCAACAUGCUUCUCUCCGGCAGCCGAGACAAGACCCUGAUCAUUUGGAACCUUACCCGCGACGAGACCCAGUACGGCUACCCCAAGCGCCGUCUGCACGGCCACUCCCACAUCGUCUCCGACUGCGUGAUCUCGUCGGACGGUGCUUAUGCCCUUUCCGCCUCCUGGGACAAGACCCUGCGCCUGUGGGAGCUGUCCACCGGCACCACCACUCGCCGCUUCGUCGGCCACACUGGCGACGUUCUGUCGGUCUCCUUCUCGGCCGACAACCGCCAGAUCGUUUCGGGCUCGCGCGACAAGACCAUCAAGCUGUGGAAUACCCUUGGCGACUGCAAGUACACCAUUACCGAUAAGGGCCACACUGAGUGGGUUUCCUGCGUCCGCUUCUCGCCCAACCCCCAGAAUCCCGUGAUUGUCUCUUGUGGCUGGGACAAGCUUGUCAAGGUCUGGGAUCUCCAAUCCUGCAAGCUGCAGACCGACCACAUCGGCCACACCGGCUACAUCAACACCGUCACCAUCUCCCCCGACGGUUCUCUGUGCGCCUCAGGUGGCAAGGACGGCACCACCAUGCUCUGGGAUCUUAAUGAGAGCAAGCACCUCUACUCGCUCAACGCCAACGACGAGAUCCACGCUCUCGUCUUCUCUCCCAACCGCUACUGGCUGUGCGCUGCCACUGCCAGCAGCAUCAUCAUCUUUGACCUCGAGAAGAAGAGCAAGGUCGACGAGCUUAAGCCCGAGUUCCAGAAUGUCGGCAAGAAGAGCCGCGAGCCCGAGUGCGUCUCCCUUGCGUGGAGCGCCGAUGGCCAGACCCUCUUCGCCGGCUACACGGACGGCAUCAUCCGCGCCUGGGGCGUCAUGUCGAGGGCGUAA